CACCACCCACACUUUUAUCUGAUAUAUCUGAUAUACCUGGUUGGAGCUGUCAUUUUGCCACUGAACAAGGAUGCAUGAAGAUCAGAAAGAAACGCAGCACUGGCCCAAAGAGGCCUGGGACGCUGCUGGAGAAUCACCUAUUAUUGAAGAUGAGCAAAAACCUCGCAAGUGUCUGACCUUCAUCCAAAUCAUCACAUGCACUUUUAUGGGACUCUUGGUGUUUGGGCUAGCCUUCUUGAGCAAAGCAUCUCUGUUGCUAUUGAUCAGCCUCUGCAAUGAAAAAUCAACCACGAUUGAAACCAAAGUUUACGCUCUCCUCUUCAUUGGGUGCCUUCUAAUCGCUCCAAAUGUUUUGCUGCUGAUCAAAAGCAUCUGGAAAAUUACUUUUAAAGAUUCAAAAACCCCAUCGACGCAGACUUUGCUAUGGAUCAUUUCAGUGGAAACUUUGGUGGCUGUCGGAUCUUCCAUCCUUACCCUGGUCGCUAUGCCCCGAUUUGACAUCCUGACCAAUGUGAUGCUUCUGAAUGGCAUUGCCAUAUUAUCAGCCAUACUGCAGGUGGUGGGAAAUGCAAUUGCGCACGGAAGGAAGCGAUUUACUGCAACUUCGGUCGCCGCUGUCUUUUUCCUUCUUGCAGGUUUUUGCCUCUUUGCUGUGAACUACCUCAAACAGCAAAAUGGAAAGCAAAACAUGGCACUUUUCGUGGGUUUAGCCAUAGGAGGCACUUUCCUGGUCUCGAUGAACUGGUGGGAGAAUUAUGCCUUGCUUUUCCGCAUCGUCUUCUUCCAGAACACGGUCCGGGACAUCAAAAGGUCUCACAACUUCGUGAACAUUGUGGCUAGCUUGGUGCGAAUUAUUGUGACCUUCACUGUCCUUGGUGCUUAUGUGAAGCUCUCAGGCCAGGACUGGUCAUCAGUGCUGUCAGUCACCGAUAACACCGAAACUGUCGUCUUGAGCCUCUUCGCUCUUCAGGUUCUAGCUUCAGCUGUGUGUCGCUACGUGGCCGUAGCUGCAUGCAAAAUGCAUGCUGUGCGUCGCAGCUUCGUCGCUCCUAUGAUCUUCACAUCUCCAGCCACAUUGGGUGCCUUCGUCCUGGCUAUCUGGAUUCCCUUUCUUCAGGCUCAGAAGAAAACCACAUUUGCUGAGUACUGUACCACCUUUGACGCCAUAAAAAGCCCAGCGCUCAGUGUCAUGAAACACAUGCUGACUGAUUUAACUCGUGACUUGUGUGAACACAUACCAGACGAGGGGUCUUCACUGAAUUUUGGUCUGCUUGGAUCGUCUUUGAUCAGCUGGUGGAUUGGUCUGGUGCUCUGUACACUCUACAUCUGGUUCCUGAACACACAACGCAUUGCCAGGACAAAGGACCUGUUUGUUCGCAACCUUUAUGAAGCAGCAUUCAUUGACCAGUCCAUGCUCUUGAACAUCAAGUUUGAUAUUGUGCCCCUUCCAAGAUGUAACAGGGAAACAGAGAAGAUGACUAUCUACCUCUGUGCAACCAUGUGGCAUGAGACUAGAGAUGAAAUGUUGAAGAUGAUCAUCUCGAUGUUCAGGCUGGACAAGUUCCGACCAAAGAAAAACCGGUUUAACGAUGUUGUUUUUGAGUCACACAUUUAUUUCGAUGAUGCUUUCCUGACUAAAAACAACAAUCGGCGUGUCAACGAGUAUGCUGAGACCCUGGUGGAAGUCAUCAAAGAAGUUUACCUCAUAUUCACCGAGGAUAGCAAAAGCGCAUUUCGGGAGAGAAAGCCUCUUCCUGCCCAGAAAAUCUUCCAGACACCAUAUGGCUGCCGUCUGCAGUACACACUUCCCCAUGGCAACACACUGUUUGUUCACUUCAAAGACAAACAACAGAUCCGCCACAAAAAGAGAUGGUCUCAGAUCAUGUACAUGUACUACCUGCUCGGCUGGAAACUGAACAAGAAAUACUUCGAGAUGUACAAGCAAAAGGAUGUGCAUUUGCCAAGUAUUGAAGAGCAACUAAAGAAAGCCAAAGCGAACACAUACCUUCUGGCUCUAGAUGGAGACACAGAUUUCCAGCCUUCAGCUGUCAUGCUUUUAGUGGAUCGGCUCAAGUUGUACCCCGAAGUGGGAGCUGCUUGUGGCAGGAUUCAUCCCACCGGCACAGGCCCGAUGGUAUGGUAUCAGAAAUUUGAGUACGCUGUGGGUCAUUGGCUCCAGAAGACAGCUGAGCAUGUGUUUGGAUCUGUGUUGUGCAGUCCAGGCUGUUUCAGCCUGAUGCGUGCAGAGGCACUCAUGAGUGACAACGUCAUGAAAAGAUAUACCACAAAAGCGACUGAGGCUUCCCACUAUCUACAGUAUGACCAGGGUGAGGACCGCUGGCUGUGCACACUACUCCUGCAGCAAGGAUGGCGAGUGGAGUACAACGCUGCCUCUGACUCGUACACCAAUGCUCCACAGGAGUUCAAGGAGUUUUACAACCAACGGCGGCGCUGGGGCCCAUCCACCAUGGCCAACACUCUGGACCUUCUUUCCACUGGCAGUAUCACAGCAAGGUUGAACAAGUCCAUAUCACGACCGUACAUUCUCUACCAGACUAUCACCAUGGCUGCUUCGAUCUUGGGUCCAGCUACGGUCUGCCUCAUGAUUGCAGGAAGCCUUAAAACCGUCCUCAAAAUAGAUGCUAACGCUGCACUUGCGAUAGCAGUUAUUCCUCCUGUAAUCUACCUGUUUCUCUGCUAUUAUCUUGGGCAAGAAAAAUCAAACUUACAAAUCACCAUUGCUGCCAUCAUGAGCAUAAUCUAUGCUUUUCUGAUGACAGCAACCAUCUUUACCAUUAUAGCGGACAUGGUAAUGGAGGAAACAUUUUUUACUCCGAGCGGCUUGUUCUUCAUUGGCUUAAUCAUCAUGUACGUCGGCACGGCUCUUCUUCACCCUCACGAGUUCCAUCUUAUCAUCUAUGGCUUCCUUUACUUCAUCUGCAUCCCCAGUGGCUACCUGCUGCUGUCUAUUUACUCCAUAGUCAACAUGAACAACGUGUCAUGGGGCACACGCGAAUCUGCCAACCAGUCCGGUGGACCUGAGCAGAACCUCCAAAAGAAUGUCAAGUGCCAGAAGCUGUUCAAAAUAUGUGGCUACAAUCUGGAGAUUCAAGUGAACAAAGAAGAAAAAGUGAUGUGUACAGUGCCAGAGAAUGCGCCUCAAGCCAUACCUUUGAAUGUUGUAAACAAAGUGCCCACCCAACCUAAAGAAGUACAAUUACCUUUAAAUGAGACCUUUUUCAUUGAACAGUUGACAGAAAGCUCUGGUGAACUUCCCCUUAACCAGGAGAAACUUAAUGCGGAAGAAGAAUAUUUCUGGAAGGACCUUAUUGAGAAAUACCUAAAACCAUUAGUGAGUGAUAAAAAAAAGGAGGAAGCAAUCAAAGAAGACCUGAAAGACCUACGCGACAAGGCAGCUUUCGUGUUUUUCAUCUGCAAUCUCCUGUGGAUUGUGGCUACUUUCUUCCUGCAAGUCAUUGGCAGCCCAGUGAACAUCCCCAUCCCAAAGAUGUAUCCCAAUGGAACUGUUGACCCUAAUGAGAAAAUUUUUAUUGAUCCUAUUGGACUGAUGUUCCUCCUCAGUUUUGCCAGCCUCCUUGUUGUCCAGUUUCUCGCUAUGCUGUGGCACAGAGUCCAGACUUUAAUUCACUUCAUUGCUUACACUGGGACCGAGGCUGUGGUUAACAGGAAGGCGAGGAAUAGCACUGUGAUUGCUGAAAUCACUGAAGAAAAUAAUUUUCUUUAGGAGAAAAAUCGGAAUUGAUUAAAAGCCUACAAGUGGAUGAUCUAAAAGCUGACCUGUGAUGGGAAACUUUGCAACGAUACACAAACCUGGUGAAACUCAAUCCUUAGACGAUACAAUACCUGCUUAUUAGGACUGAAAGAGUUGUUACCACUGUGCUGUUAGGCCUAUUUGUUUAACAUUGUUUACAGUUAUUUGUAAAAUAAUAAUAAUAAUAAUAAUAAUAAUAAUAAUAAUAAUAAUAAUAAUAAUAAUUAUUAUUAUUAUUAUUAUUAUUAUUAUUAUACAAACUGUCAGUGACAUACUAGCAUCUGAUUAAUUUCUUUUCAUAGCUUUUAGUUGUCUUUUAAUUGAAAUUGUGCAGUUUCUCCAUCCAGUGAGCCACCAAUGAGAAAUGAAGUUAUACGUAAUCUAUGUGCAGUAUAUAUUUAAUUUCUAUUUCAAGAUGUACCUGAGUCUUGUCUUUGUGCUGCUGUGUUAGAUAUUAAAGUUACAUGUGCACAAAGGUGAAAUGAAAUGUAACUUGCCAAAGACCAGGAGUAGACAAUAGUCGAGUAACUGUAUUUUUUUUAAUGAUAUGUGAGAAUUAUUUUUAUAGUAUUUAUUCUUUACUUGAGUGAUUUUGAAAUUGAAUACCUGUACUCUUAUUUAAUUAUUUUCCAAGAAAAUAAAUACUCUACAUUUACUGAGACCAUCAACAUACUUAA